AAUGCUGUAUUCAUUCUGUCUCAGAGGAGCAAGAUGGUGGCAGUACAAAAGGAUUACUGGUACUUCUUGGUACUCAUGAUGCAGCUCUGUUAUCUAAAAGGCUCCGUUCAGAUGAAAGCCCCAGGAUCAAAAGUCACACUGCAGGAAGGAAUGGUAUUGGACUGCCUGUGUCCGUGGACUGGCCAGCUCAUUAUGGUCUCUUGGACUAAAAAGUCUCUUUCACAACCUGUAGCUGUUUAUCAUCCUCAGUAUGGCUCCAACUAUGAGUCGUCAUAUGACGGCAGAGUGACGUUUCUGAAAUCCACCGUGAUGGACGGCAGCAUUUCCAUAAUGAAUGUCACUGAGGGUGACAUCGGCCAGUAUCAUUGCUCUCUGCAGACUUAUCCUCAGGGUUCAUGGACCAAAGACACAUUUGUCGAAAAAGCAGUAAUCACCCCCACCUUCUCUAUUCAACCGGACACUAAUUUGGUGGCCGCAGAGAACGACAACCUGACCAUUACGUGUGACCUUGUCCACAACGGUGAGGUUUACCAAGUAAGCAUUGAGAAACUGGACACCGAGGUGGGCGGUAGUAAUAUUAUAGCAACAUGUCAGAUGCUAGAAGAUGGCGUGGAGCUGAGUGAGUUCAACAGUAGAGGACGACUGAACUGUAGUGAUGCUAUGGAGGUCAGUCUGCACCUCACCAACAUUGUCAAAGAAGAUGGAGGACUCUACCGCUGCAACUUCAGCACAGAUGCCGGUGUCCGGUCCACCACAAUCCUGCUGUCCACUCUACCUGCUCAAGAUUUUAGGGGUCUUCAUGUAUGUGUAUAUGUGUAUAUUGGAGGAGGGCUGGUUGGUGUCGCUCUUCUGAUGAUUUUAUUACUGACGUGGCUGAACAGGAUGAAAAGGAAGAGAGAGGAGUACAGAAUCAAACUGCACCCUGCCAAAAGACAGACGAGGCUGGCUCACUAA